CUAAACUCUCGUAAACAUUUGCAGUCUCAUCGAAUCGUGCUGCUGCCUGAGAGUUACUAUUCAACACCUGUCAGCGGCUCUCGCCACCACCAACACCCACCACCGAUCUCUUUCAAACGCGUGCUAGUCACCAUUCGAUCCACCUCUACAAAUUUAUGCCCCAACACGAUUGUGCGCGGAAGAACUGAUAACCAAGGCAACCCGUCCUUCUCUGACAGGUGAAUCAUCAUCGUCUCAUUUAUGAAGAGUUAUAGACAUUCAAAACACCACAUGGUGUGAUAUGUAGCGACGUCCAUCGCCACUGAAUAUUUCGUUCUAAACGUCACUCCUGAACGGGCUCUGCUCAUCUACGCCCGCUCCGCGACUUUAUAGCCAUACCAUCGGACUGCGAAGCGAUCCCCCCCCCAUUACAGAAACCAUGUCUUCCCUAGAACAUACGAGAGGGAACUUGUUGAAUCAUGAGCCAGCUGCCGAAAUUGUGACUGAAGACCAAGGGCAUUGCAUUGUCUAUCCUAGCAGAGACAUCAAGCUCAAGGAUAUGUUCCCAGGUCUCUGGUACAAUCAACCCCCAGACUACGAUCCGCCGUUCAUCGCCAAGCUUGUAGAUCCAAGAUCUCCUCUUCAUGAUGACUUCAUAUCGCUAAUCAGCCACGAAGAUGUCGAACCUCGGUUCACGAUACUAGAAGUCAUUGCGCUGGCGCUCCUCGCUCGACGCGAUCGGACUUCUUCUGCCCGCGAUAUUGCUCGCUGGGUCUUUGAAAAUAUCCCUUUCUGGCGGAAGAAUUGUCUCAGAGACGUUUGUGGUUACCAUACUCAUCAAUAUGAUCGAUUUUGUGUCAAGGAAGGUUCUCACGGAGUGAGGCUGACCUGGAACGGGUUUUUCGAGUUCUUCUGUGAAAGAAGCCUGCAAGAUUUGCCAUUGUGUGGAAUCAUACCGCUAGAGCUCCGCUGUAAGCAUAAUAGUGAACCAUCGGAUUUACUUGCGGCACAAAUACCUGCAGGGCCUUACUCAUUAGCACAGGAUGGUUAUUACCUCGAAUUUGGUCAGGAGAACAAGAUGUUUGCGUUCAAGCGUUUUGAGGGGUAUCCAACAACAUCACGGCUUGAUAAAGAUCUUCCGGAAGAAGUGCUGCUCAUGAUCCUUCGCAGCUUACUACGUUUCCCGCGAGAUCACCGUCCAGAAAACAUGGACGUUUCCCGUCUCGGUACAUCCGCCGCUAGGAGUUUACCAAUUUGGCUCAGAAUGCAGAGACCUGACAGAAUUACGUCCAUCUUGAGAACAAGUAAGAAGAUGUAUGGGCUGGGAACUAUGGUACUCUACGAGGAAAACGUCUUCCGCAUCCGCGGUCAGGCAGAGGCGCGACUGUUCACCGAAACGAUAGGAUCGCACGCGAAACGCAUACAAUCCGUAAGAAUCGACUGGGAUGGAAGAGUCAUGGCUGAGUUUGUGCCUCUCUUGAUUGCGCUGGGGCAAAGCAGCAUUUUGUCAAGCCUGACAAUGACAUUCCCGCGCCGUUUCGACAUGGACGCUGUGUUGAGCGUACUCGAAGAUUUCCAAGGGCUGAAGGAGGUGUACCUUCCGGGUGAUGAAAAAUCACAAAACCACGUAGACGCUAUCAUCACCCCAUGGGUCUCACUGGAACAAGAUCUGAAGUCUACGAGGAAGACAAGAGAGACAACUGUAGGAGAGCAAGGACAUUUGUACGAGCGGGAACAAAUGUUGAGAGAGAGAAUCGCGGGAUUGAAAGGGAAGGCUUGGGGUCACAACGGACCGAGACUCGGCUCUCAGGAGCGGUAUAAGUUGGAAAUGAGGUUCGAGGAAAAGGCAAUGUUUUUUUGA